ACUGAUAAGACAAGAUAAUUUUCUACCGCGAGGACUCCAUCAUGAUCCUGGCAAUAUGCGUUGUGUUUCAAGCUUUCAUGAAUUCAUUCUCACAUCUUCUCACCCGCCUCGUCCGCGGGCCAGAGUGCUGCGGUCACCUGGUGCUGCUCACAAAGAUGGCUUAAACAAAUCAACCGCCUUUCUCUCCUGACCACAACGGCGAAGCUACGACAAGGAUAACGACUUGAUAUCUUCAACUUUCAUGGGGACGUCGAAUCGAUUCACCAUCAACGUUUUGUGUGCCCUGACUUUCAGUCUCUGCAUCACGCAAGUUCUCUCCGGAAACAAAUGUAUCAGUCAGCUUGGAAUACGGAAACAAGAUGAUUCUUCAAAGUCACCGUACUUACGACUCGCGGAUGGGAGCUAUCGUUCCCAAACCACUUUCAACACACGAAUGUCACCGCUCUCUUCACUGGAAGUGACCCCCUUGGUCGUUACUGGCAUGUCUAGCAAUCGGGUGGAUUUGGUGUUUUUCUCGGAUGGAUAUACGGGGGAAGAAAAAGCGAAAUUCAUCGAUGACGCGAGAUACCUCGCGGAAGAACUAUCUACAAAUCAGACCUUCAACACCGUUAAACCCCUCAUGAAUUUUUGGGCUGCGUUUGUGCCUAGUAGAGAGAGCGGUAUUGGUUCACAUGGUCACGUAAAAGAUACACCAUUUGGACUGUACCGGGACGGGACUGAGCUGAGAGCUGUGUAUGCCGCGUAUCCCGAAGUAGCUGAGUUCGCUUGUAUGGGAAUGUUAGCGCAGUGUAAUUAUCCGAUCUUAUUGGGGAAUGACCCGCUAUACGGUGGUCUCGGCGGCAGACCAACGAUCAUCACCUCCUCACGUAUGAACGGCCCGCAAAUUCUCCGACACGAACUCGGUCAUUCCAUCAUCCCCGUAGGAGAGGAAUACGACGGUGGUUUUGCUUAUUUCGGUGUUAACGCGUAUCACGACCUAAAACGGCCUGUCCCUUGGGCUCAUCAUCUCACCGAUCCCGAAAACGUACGCGUCGAACGUGCUAUCAUGCCUCUUCAAGACUAUGCUUGGAGUAUGCUCAACACGACGACACCUUGGAAAGCCAAGUUCGAGUCGUCUGGGAUGUACGCACGGUAUCUUGUCAGGACGUCAUUGUCUGGGUUGCCGAAAAAGGAAGAUCUGAAGGUGGAACUCGAUGGGAAGGAUUUAGGGUGGGAGCCGAAGGCGGGGUUGGGGGUGGACAGAUGGCUUUAUGAUUUUUAUGUGGAUGAACCUUUGGAUGGUGGGGAACACGAGGUAUCGUUCACGUUGAUGAAUUCAGAGAUUGAGGAGCAGGCGCAGAUGUGUUCAGUAGAGGUCUUGGAGUUUGGAAAUGAGGAUGAAUUCACUUCGACUCCAGGAUACUACGGUGUCUUCCCUACGUUCUCGGAAGACAACAAGACGACAUACAGACCAACAAACGAAGAUUGUCUCAUGCGCCAAGUGACCACACCCAACUUUUGCAAAGUUUGCCUCGAAGGUCUUUGGCUCGCACUACUCAGACGUGUCUCUAUCAUCGACUACGUUAUCCAUCGCUGUGAUGGCAAAUACAACGCCCUCGAAGUCAACCUCCUCCCACUCGCUCAUCUUCGAGAGGAGGAUACUGUUGAGGGGGAAUCGUACACGAUCCGUUGGAAGAGGGACGGAGAGCUUUUGGGGAAGUUCGCGAAUGAAACGACUAUCCAUGUUAUUGGUGAAGAAGCGCUUGGAACGUAUGAGUUGGAGGUGGAGUUUACUACCCCAGAGGUGGUUUUGGAUCCAAUGGGAAGAUUGAAGAGUAAAUUGGAGAUUUAUAUUACGGGCAGGUGUGAUACGAGGUUACAGUCUCGGGGAUUCUUGUUGGAUGGAUAUAAAGAAGUGGUAGAGAGGGGUGAGCCGGGACAAAUGAUUACGAAGCGGUUAGGGCGAUAUUUGUGGCUUUAA